CGGAAGGAAGUUCGAUUUCUGGGUGUCUGUGUAGUGUGUGUGUUGCGCUUUCUUGCUUAAUGAAUGGAAAUGACCAACGUAAACACGGAACCACAUGGGUACAUUAGCAAUGUGUAACGUUGGCUUUUAAUUGGGUUACUGCAGUGACGGAGUAUUCAUUGAUAUCUGGAAACUCGUAUGACUGUUUGCUGAGACUGCUGGCUGAUCCCGAGUCGGAGAUAUCUACAGUGAAACAGUGCUUGCAGGACCUGGAGCAGUGUGUCAGUUACUUGGGCCAGGGUCACCCCACAUUGGUUCGAAUUCUUAUGAAUCUGAACUGGUUGGACAGAGGCCCUGAGCUAACAGCUGUCUACCAAUCUUUCAUUCUGAACCUGGUAUCUGCACACAUCAAUUUGCUGAAACCUUGUCUUAGGAACCUGAUCAAGAAAUUCAUACCAAAUCAGAAAAAUGCUGAGGUGGAUGAAAUGAAACUGAAGGUUCAGCAUGAUUUUGGCCAUGUACACGCCUUGCUGAAGUCCCUGUCACAUCUGGUGCCAAUGACAAGUGUUGUGAUGAUGUCUGUGCUGGAGGAGCUCUUCCCCUAUAUCAACAAAGGUUCCUUCCAGUUUGAGCACUACAGCCGAAAUGUUCUGUCAGUGUGUACCUACAUGCCGGCCCUGCGCAUGGAACUUCUAGAGCUGGUGGUGAAGAACAUGUUGAAGUUGGAUGUACGGUCGUCCCGUACAGACAUCAAUUCAGCGAUUGGCAUCACGGCAGACAGUAUGGAUGAUGUGAAAGAUGAAGAGGAGGAAGAUGCACUUUUUGACAUGGAGGAUGUGAAGUCAGACAUGAAGGAUGACUUAAAACCAGAUGUUAAGGGGGAAUGGGAUGGGGACUUAAAGUGUGAGAAGGAGAAAGAAGAUCCAGAAUACGAUGAAAUGAAAUCAGAGGCUGUGAAAGAACGUUUAGCGGCAGCGCUACCUUUGGCCACCUCUCUCGACGCUGUGAUGUCACUGACUUUGCAGUUUGUUAAGGAAAGCUGCCACCCUCAAGGUCAGCUUGACUGGGCUGUCACCAAGAAACUAUACAGAGAGCUUCUGUCAGUCUUUGACAAGUAUAUAUUCCCCACCCACGCCUCCUGCCACGUGCAGUUCCUCCUCUUCUUUGCUUGCAGCUUUAAUGAGGCGCUUGCAGAUGGCUUCAUAGACUACCUUUGGAAGAAAGUAAUCAACCCCUCUACCCAGUCAGUUUAUAGGCAAACCGCUGCAUGCUACAUUGGCAGUUUUGUUACAAGAGCUUCAUAUAUUUCAAUAAGCACUUGUCGGGGCAUUAUGGAGCUGAUGGCACGGUGGUUACACUCGUACCUCGACCAGAGCAGUGAUCAACAACACAAGGCAGACUUGGCGCAUCACGGGCCGUUCUACUCGGUGUGCCAGAGCCUCUUCUACUGUUUCUGUUUCAUGCACAAUGACAUCAUGCAGCUCAAAGAUGGUCACAAAUGGGCUGUUUCACUGAACUUUCAGCGCAUCAUCACCAGCAAACUGAAUCCUCUCAGGGUGUGCCUGCCCAUUGUCGUGAAAACAUUUGCUUCAGCCACAAGGAUGCACCAACUAGCGUUUUGUGACACCAUCAUUGAGCGUAACAACCGCUACACCCUGCCUGUUGCUGUUUCGUCUUUUGCUCUUGGGACGUGUGAUCAGCGACAGCUGGAGUCUUAUUUCCCCUUUGACCCAUAUCUCCUUCCCAGAUCCCGCAUGUACAUUACGCCACUAUAUCGAGAGUACUCAGGCAGUUUACCCGAGGAACAAGAGUCCGGUGACGAGGACGAAGAUGACUUCUUACCUGAAGAAGACGACUUUGGGCAUCACCCGAUCUCAGACCACAUCAGCAUGUCCCUUGGGAAAAGUCCUGUGGAUUUCUUGCACUACAGCACCUCUCCUGGGUUUAAACAUGGAUAGGUUUUUUUCUGAGCAUCGGGAACUGAGCCAGGCUGUGUGCCACUUGCAGCACAUGGUUUUAGACAGGUGCUUGGGUGUACAAGGAUGUGUUGAGUUGUGUUCAGACUGAGUGUUGUUCUUCAGAAAGUUUCCUGAAUUUGGAGACGAAUGAUUCUGUUGGAUUUUUGCUUCCAUUACAAUUACUGUCCUUGUGCUGUUGGCAUUUUAUUUUUAUCUACCUUUUUAGUAAGUUCUAUGAUAGAACCCCAUAAGAUUAUCUCUGAAAGUAAACAGACCAUGGAUUGGUCGUCCUGGGUUCCCCCCCCUCCCCCCCACCCUAUCUCGAUCACAGACAAAAGGAUUUAUGAAAUUCCCAGACUGAAGAACGCACUAAUCUCACAGCUGGAUUACAGAGGUUGAAAUUCCUAAGCCAGAAGUGGUUUUAUAGAAGGACUCGGCUACCAGUUGAAUGACUUUGCCCAGAGACUUAAGUGAGAAAAUGUGACUUACGGAGACUCCAGAAAUGUGGGUUUUUAACACUCUCCUUGCGGACAUGUUUUUUUUUUUUGUUCAGUUCUCCGCACGCUCUGCUAGAAGCCAAGCAAUUAGCUGGAAACACAGCCUUUUGACAUGUUUUAAAAAAGAAGAAUUUGAAGUCAAUUUUCCUGCUGCUGAAAUUAUCUGGAUUGAAUUGGAAAGAGAAUUGAUUUGAGAAUCUUUACCCCUGUACUGUCCCCCACGCAUUACUUAGCAGUUACGAGGAGAAUUGUUCAAUUAGUCAGUUAGUUUUUAUGUUACAAUUACGCCAGUAGGCCUAACUUCCUUAUUUAUGGUGCUAUCGACUUACAAUUUCUCACAAUGACAGAGGUUUGCAUAGCCACUAUGUCAAUAAAGCAAAGUUGUUACCAAUCGGUAUUUAUUUUUCAACAAAGUUAAAUAUUACAAAAUAUGUUUUAAAACUAAAAAUGAAGCUGAGAAAAAUGUAUCUGUUCAAACUGACAUUCUUAACCCAAUUGCACCUUCCAGGCCUGGCAGGAAGGCUUUUCCUGUUCCCUAAGAGAAGGGACAACUUCGCAAAAGCACCCCUCUAUAUUUUUUUAAACAAUCAUAGCAAAACAAAAA